AACACUUAAACACAUGCACGUGUGACCACUUGAAACCAACCUGGACCUAAUGCGAUAAUUUAUAGGACUACCAGUCUCACCUGCCCCCUCGCCUGAGUGGAGACGAGGAUCUCAGUCUGCCCAUCACCCUCGACGUCAUCAUGGAGACUAUUGCUGUCAAGACCCUCGAGAUGACUAUGGAGGUCGCCUACGAGAUUGCAAUGACAUGGACUGAUAACCGACUCAGUUACCUCAACCUGAAGGCAAACAACAGCCUCAACAAGCUGGACAUGGAGGCGGUGGGACGACUCUGGAUACCACAGGUCAACUUCAUCAACACAGAUAACAUCCACCGCACCCGCAUCGACGAGGACGUGGUCAUGUUCAUUGACCGUCGCCGCCACAAGUUCUACAUGGACCCCGCCGCCCCAGCCGAAGUGGAAGUGUACAGCGGUCAGGACAACACCCUCACCAUUAGAAGGAAGUACGGCACAGUGUACAAAUGUAACUUCGAUCUCCGCCUGUACCCGUUCGACGCCCAGCAGUGUGAAAUGCACCUCAGGAUCACCUCGGAGCUCAAGUCUUUCCUCACCUUUGAUCCUGACAACUCCAGCGUCCAGUACCUUUCCAACCCAUUCCUUAUUGAGUACGAGGUAGGAAAGGUGAAUCUGGUACACGAUAACAGCGGACACUUCAGCGAAGCGCGCGUGUUGGUUCCCCUAACACGCCGUUACGGUUACGCCAUCCUCACCAUCUACACACCCACCCUCGUCCUCCUCGUCGUCAGCUACACCACUCUUUUCUUCAGGACAGCCAUCUUCGACGUGCGCAUGAUGUCCGCUCUCACGGUGCAACUGGUCAUCGCCACGCUCUUUUCACAGGUAUCUGCGUCACUUCCUAAAACCUCUUACUUCAAAAUGGUGGAUAUCUGGCUUAUAUUCUGCAUCGGCAUCACUUUCCUCGUCAUCAUCUACCACGCCUUCGUCGACAGCGUGGCUUAUGGGGAUGACCCGUCAACCCCCGUCACCAAGAUGUGGCAGGAUGCUUCCCAGAGUGGUCAGCAAAUAAAGGUGUCCAUGUACAGAAGUCUAUGA